AUGGUUCGGUUCCGCGUGCCUCCGAAACGAACCGAGGCAUCAGUCCGUAGCGACGCGUCCCGGGCGUCAGUCGCUGCCAUGAUUUUCGUUUUGUUCUGUGGUUUUCGGCCGAAUGCCGUGGUGCAUUAUGGAUUCGCGGUCCUCGGUCUGCUCUCUGUUCUACUGGUGUCGUGUCCAGUUAACUGCCAGGAAACACUGACCAAUCGGAUGCGUGUAAUCAGCGAGGAUCUGGACCGGCAGCUGAACGGAAUCAUGGCAUCGCAAGGUCUCAACUACACAACGAUUAACACGACCGGGCUGCCCUACAACGCCACCACGAAGUUCAACCCCAAGGGCAUGGGCCAGCUGUACAACGUGACCAACACGUUCAUCGACUGGGUACAAACCAAACAAGCGUAUCCUGAAGGAAUGUUCACUGUCGUGAAUGGACGACCCACAUUUCAAUACAGUUUGCAAGAAUGGAGGAUCGUGGCCACCCAUUACGGUGGAUUGGCUGGUUUAACUUUUGUUGGACUCCUUCUGGCUGCGAUUUUACCAUGUGUGGGCUUGUUCUUCUGUUGCUGUAGAUGCGCCGGUCAUUGCGGUGCCAGGAGUCAACCGUUCGACAAGAAACACGAUCAUUGUAGGAAAGUGUUGUUGAGUAUGGUGCUGAUAGCGGUCGCUACUAUUAUUCUGUUCGGCGUGGUCUGCGCCUUUGUGACGAACGAGUACAUGCAAGACGGGACCAAGGAGCUUCCCAACAACGUGGAAGUUAGCCUGAAAGACGUGAAGUUGUAUCUGAGCAGCACGAAGGAGGAGAUCAAUAAGAUCCUCAAGACUAAUUUCGACGAGCUGGAGAUUAAUUUGAACAACAUCCUCCAGGCCAGUGGCAGAAUCGUGACUGAACAACUCGCGGAAUACUCCCACGCAGUCUCGUUGACCAAUCUGAGCGAUAUCGUGGCUGGGUUGGAGUCCAUCAAGGAGGAUCUCAAGACCAUGCAGACGAUCACCCGCGAUCUAAGGACGAACGCCAGUCAAUUGGACAUCGUUGUACGAGGCGUUAAAAACAAUCUUCUUCACACGCUUGCGGCUUGCAAGACCCAAAAUUGCAAACAGGUGUUGCACGAUUACAAAGUGAAUCAGAUGUCGGUUCAAGUAGACUUCGACAAGUACAUGGAUCGAUACUUCCCGAAGUUGCCAAACGUCACGUCCGCCUUGAACAAUAUCACGAUGCUGAUGAAGGACAACAUCGUGUCGGAAGUCAGCCAGGGUAAAGAGUCGUUUCUGAAAAUUCAGAAAGACAUUCAAUACGCCGUGAAUCAGACCAUCCCAGUGGUCAGCGCGAGCAUCCGAAAUGCCGGCGAUUUUCUAGCCGACCUAGCGAGAAACAUGACAAUGCUCAUCGAUAGGAUAAACAACGACAUAGACAAGGUCUACAUGAAGCAAAUAGACGUUGCACGGACGAACAUCGAUCAGUAUUCACCGUACAGACAAAUGUAUUUUCCCUCUAGGUACUAUCUAGGACUCGGGAUAUCGGGGAUUUUAUUAACAGUUCUAAUGUGUCUGACUUUCGGUCUUUUCUGUGGCAUUUGUGGAAAGCGGCCCGAUGGUUACGGGGACGACUGUUGUAACAAAGGAUCCGGUGCACGAUUUCUCAUGAUGGCUGUUUGGAUCAUCUUUCUUCUGACCAGUAUUCUAAUGGUGAUCACGGUAAUACACAUGGUCGUCGGUGUUCUCGCGCAAAGGGCUGUCUGCGAACCUUUGAAAAAUCCACAGGAUAACAGGAUGUUCGCUCUGGUCGACGAGAUCGUACAGAUAAAAAAGAUACUGUAUCCCAAUAAACCCAAUGCCGAUGUGAACAUGAGUUAUAUCAUAACAAACUGUCAUCGAAACGAAACGUUGUACAAAGUUCUCAAGUUGAAUUAUCUGUUCGACGUGAACACGUUGCGCGAAUACACCGGUCGCUACGACAUCAACAACACUAUCCAACAGCUUCGGCGCAAGAUCAGUCUCUCACCUGGCGUGGUUAUCCUCACGGAAAGCGCAAAGUCGAAAUUGAACGAUCUCGCGCAAAGUGGUCUCAGCGAUAUCAAGUUCUAUCAAUACGUGGAGAUUCUCGCUGAUAAUAUCACGAAUAUCAACUUGGAACAUCUUGCCAAACAAUUGUUGGACGUGUCAACGGAACUGCCAAAGGGGCAGGAUGACAUUCGAGCAAGUUUGGAGAAAAACGCACUGGAUUUGGCGUAUUAUCACGAACAUUUGGUGAAACCAAUGGCGAUGCUCAGCGAACAAUUGGCAGCCAAGGCUGUGACCCUCGAGGAGAAGAUAAAGUUUAAUCACAGUUCGAUGGCAGAGGCCAUUCACAAUCUCGUUGACGAAGUGACGAAGGCGCAAAAGUUUUUGAACGAAGAUGGGCCAGAAUACGUGCAACAAUUGGCCACUAAAUUUGGAAACGCUUUCCUUCGUCAAGUGGACGAUUUCCUCGAGAGAGUUAUCGACCAUGCUUUGUUCCACGUAGGAAAAUGUACGCCCGUUUCGAACGCGUACAACGCCACGCUGGUCGCUGGAUGUAGCAAGAUUUUAGAUCCAUUUAAUGGUUUCUGGGUGAGUGUAGGCUGGUGUUUAAUCCUCUUCAUCCCGACCAUCGUGCUCUGCGUAAAACUGAGCGCGCUCUAUCAAAAAUCGGAUCCUUAUCCAGGACCUCUAGUCGAAGCCGUUCACGACAAGAAAUACGUGUCGCAUAGCAGAGAUCCUUACGCAAAAUACGAAAGUUACGACGGUCCCGCGGGUGGAUACAGCGAUCGGGAAAGGGUACCCGGGGAAGCGCAUCAGAGCACGUCCCACUAUCAUCAUUAUUCCAGAUAUUCCGACGUUGCGCCGAAUUCCACCCCCACGUGGCGAAGCCACGAACAUACCGCCCCCUCCAAAAAAGAACCUCACAAUAAAGUCUUUAGCAUAUCGGUAGAAACGCAAAAUUGUGACUUCCCUAACGGUGGUCCUCCCGGGUAUCAACCAGCUGCCGCAGCUCCUCCACCGUUAAGCACGGAAUACGAGCGACCACCUCCCUAUUAUUAUUAUCCUGGGCCAGGGGAUACAAAUUAGGAAACAAGUGCCGUGGCAUGCACAAAGGUAGCGCUGAAUAGCGUGGCUACCCACAGUCUCACCCGCAGUUACAAAAGGACGCUCAAAAAGAAAGAGAAAUCCGGAUGUAAACGAGACUAUGUUUAAUUGUAGCGUUCCUGUUUGAGCGUGCCACGGACCGUGCGAACGGCAAAAUCAAUUAAAGACCAAGUUUACGAUAUACAGACUGAGGUAGGCUAAAUGGAUCCUUCGGCGAGCCGCAAAUAAUGUGAUCAACGUGUACGAUUCGUUUCGAUUUAGUAUUAUUUUUAGACAUCGUGCGUAUCACGAGAGAAAUGUUACGUUGUUCAUGAAUAUUGUUUUCUUUUUUUUUUUUUUCCUUUUCUUUUGCGAUAGCAAUUUACUUGUUCUUUUUUCUUUUUUAUAGCGCUUCGACGAUUUCUUUCUUUUUCUUUCCUUUUUUUCUUUUUAAUCACUGAGACGAACUGUAAUAAAACGACGAUUCAAAUCGUUUGUGUUAAUCGCUGGACAAUCGAUUUUUUAACUUGACUGAUAUCGUUUUACCACCGCUUUCUUCGACGUUCAAUAUUUCUUCUUCCAUGAAAUGCCAUCGCGACCAAGGUCUCUUCUACUCUGUCUACUAUUUCGACCCGACUUCGAGAUUUAUACGCGAGAGUUAUACUCAAAGUUCGAUUCGCUCUUAUUCUCGAAGACGCGUCGAUUAUAUUCUACCGAUAUCGCUCGAGAGGCACUAUAUAAUUCUUUGCAAGGAAAUUUUUCUGUGAAACCCUUAGAAUUUCCCCUCUGGAAUUUAGUUCCUAAUGAAAAAAAAAAAAAAAAGAAAAAAAAGAAAUAUACGCGUAGUAAUUGAAAUAAAUCAUCAUCAUCAUCAUUAUCAUCAUGCGUUAAUCAGUAUUAACGAAAGUUCGUUGUCGCGCCUCCCUUGUUCUCACCACCCACACUGGCGUACGCUUUCUCUUUCACCCUAACGCAAAGAUCCUGUCUUUGUUGAGAAUUUAAAACGAACGUGUAUAUAACAUUCAACCGCUUGUGUCUUAUGAAUUUUCAUCGUAUAUUUUACGUGCUAACUGCCUACCAAGAAACAACAACAAAAGUACACGGAACGACUAUGAUGACACGUGGCUUUUAGCCAACACGCGUUUAAAAGGGAACACGUGCGAUCGAUUAUUAAAUACGAACAAUUGCGUUUCUACAAAGAAUUCUACAAAGAUAUCACGAUUUGCUCGAUAUUUGUUAAUUUUCACAUUCGAUCGUUCACGAUAAUCACACGAUCAACACAGAAUUCUUCGGUGUGUGCGUGUAACCAAGAAAUUCGUUCAUGAAAUUUUGCUCACUUCGAACGACACUGCCAUCAUUUUUCACGAGACGAGUCGCGUCGUCGACAGCAACAACGACAACAAAAGCAACGUAAAACUGGAUCUGGAUCUUUUGGAGCAACGUCGAUCGCACAGUUUCCAAUAUUAUAUACGGAAAUAUUCGUAAAAAUCGUUGGCGCGAGCGUGAUCGACCAACGAUUUUUCACAAAUCUCCAACACUUAACAACGCCAUAUUUAAAUGCCAAACGACAAUUCUUUAACCGUGGACCGUGGAGUUGGAAGGUGCUUGAAUCCAAUUCCACGAUCUAUCCUCUCUCUUUUCUCGAUCUUGCUAGGGGAUCGUUUUCCUAAGGUAUAAAGGGGGAAUCUUGAAACUAACUUCCGUCUCGCUCACGUGUAAUGGAGCCACCGAUUUUUCCCGAUUAGACCGAAGUUAGUUUCGUCGCAAGAUCGUCUCUGUUAAAAAUACUCUAUGUACAUGGUUCUUUAAGACAUUUUUUUUUUCUUCUUCUUCUUGUUCUUGUUCUUCUUCUUCUUCUUCUUCUUACUAUUAACUUUACCGUGUAAUUUACCGAAUUUAAGCUCCUUAGACGGGAUAUUUACACGUCGCAUAGAAAAUUUGUCGUACGUUUAUCCACGCGUCUACGCGACGGGUGAAUAUCUUGACGCAACAGAUGCAACAUCCGUACAGUACUUCGAUGCUAAGGAUGAAUCUUUUUCGAGCGUCGUGGAGGUGCCACUUCCUGUUCUUUUUCUUUUUCUUUUUCUUUUUUUUUUUUUUUUUAACGUUAAGCUCGUUCUUUGUAAGUUAGAGGCUGCUUAGGGGAUGGUGGAACCACCCGCCCAAAUGAAAGUCUUUUGAGAGAGCAUUGUAGCAUUGUUUAGAUGAAUAAUUAAGACAUUCAUUGCAGUCGAAAGUGAUCACGUGUAUCGUCUAGCUAAUAAUAAGUAAGAUAACGUAACAUCUAGUUUUUAAAAUCGAAAAAUUUCACAAAUUGUACAAGCUCAAUAUUAACUAAUGACGACUGCAACGGAUCGAACGAAAGUUAAGCGUUUCCCCAGUUUUUGAAUUUAGAAAUACUUUUAGGAAUUGAAAAUAUCGAUCGGUACGAGUCCCUCGUGGGGAUUAGCGAUUCGAUUGAAAUAUGAAUCACGGGCUUGUGCCAAUCGGUGCGCGAGUCUCUCGUUCGUGGAUCGAAGUACGACCAUGUUUCUAAUGUUUCUUGAUCAGAUUUUAGAUUUCUGAAUGAAUUAUUGUACCGCAAUGAUAGCACGUCGGGAUGUUGCAUUAUCCGUAGACAACCUGUUUCACAUAGUCGUUGUCAUUGCGAACAGCGAGUUUUUAACGUUAAUGUUGUAACGGUAGAUUACCGCCGCCCAUGCAACGAUCUUUGAUCGAUCGUUGGCAGAUUGCCAAAAGAGAAAAAAAAAAAAAAAAAAAGAAAAAAAAGAAGGGGGGAAAAAAAGCGAAAAAAAGAAAAUGCAAAAAAAAGAAGGGAGAGAAUAAAUUUGCUCGUACAUUGCUCGUACGUAAGGCGUGAGAAAGCGGGAGCACAAAAAUCAUUAGAAUCUUUUUAAAACGACGACGAUAGGAAAGGAGAGUAGAGUAAGUGUGAGGAUCGCGUGAAAGGAGAAAAUAUCUUUGAAUGAUUGUUUAAUGAGAAUUGAGAGAAAGAGAUACGAGAGAAGGAAAGUCGAGAGCGAGGAGAACACGAGAAAUUUCCGCUCUAUCAUUACCGUAUUUACAUACACAUUUAGAAUAGUGGAAAAGUAAGCUACGUUUUUAGCGUAAUAUCGACGGAAACACAGAUAUCAUCGUUGUUGUAUGUAUGUAUGGGAAAUCGAGGAACCGCGAUGUCCUUUUUUUCUUCUUCUUUUUCUUUCCUUUCCUUUCUCUUUUCUUUUCUUCUUCUUUCUUUUUUCCCCUCAAGAAUGUUAAAGAAACGUGUAAUAAUCGAUUACUGUAUGGACUCGCGAGACUAUUUUAUCCGAUGGACUAUAUUAUCCGUGUCAUAAAAAAAAAAAAAAAAAAAAGAAAGGAAAAAAAGUCCAUUGAAACGAACCAGAGAACGAGUGCCGUGUAGAAAUUCGCGCGAAUCGCACGAACGAUGGAAAAAAAAAAAAAAAAAGAAAUUUACAAUUGUCGUGUGCCGUUGAAAGGCACCGCGGAAACCAUUUUUCUGGUGCUAUUUUUAUAUAUAUGGAAAACGUAGCCACGAUUUGAUAUCGGGCACUCCUUCUCUCUCUCUACAUUUUUGAAAUGCGUCGAAUAAUAAUAAAGCGUAGGACACGAGAAUUUUCAAACUGUUGCAAGAAAGAAACACUCUUUUUACUGCCUUCUAGAUGAAACCGUGGAAAAUAAGUUGAGGUACUCUGACUUCUCGAAGUUGGUCCGUCGCCCUUUCCAGUAAUCCAAGUUUUCAACAAAAAUUGAAAUUUAACGAUAUCUUAACGAUAUGUAAUAAUUUUUAUUUAUUGCAAAUAGAUAUUCAAUAAUAAAAAAUCGUUUUUCACGUUAAAUAUUUUUGAUACGAGGAGAAAAAUAGGAAUCGAGGAAAUGUUCAAUAUAUUGCUAUUAGUUCUUUAAUUAAUUAUCUUAACGAGAUAGACACAGAAAGAUAUUAUUUUUACGCGAAAACAUUGAUUACUGGUUACUAAAGGGCAAAGGCGGCUAUUAAAUGAGUUUUAAACGAUUUAUUGUAUUAUUACGAAUAAUUAUAUACAUAUAAUUUAAUAGGGUAUCGUUAAAGAGUUUCCUUGCAUUUUCUUCGUCUGCUCAAUAUUUUUGGAAUGCCCUCAAUGUUCGUGGUUGGGUGUUCUUCCUUGUUUCUUUUGCUGAACUUCAGCAGCCAUUCCAUUCGGAAUUGUUUUGUGGAAAAUCACGAGGAGACGUGGAACAAGUUUUUCGAUUCCUCGUGACUUUCCAAAAAUGCAUUUCGUUUCGAAGAAUGUCGAAUUUUUUUUUUUUUUUUGAUCGGAGUUGUGCAAGUAUGCGAAUGCGGUGUACGCCAUCGAAUAUGGUGUUUUUACGAUUCACCGAUUGUGUUUGUUAAAAUUAAUUAUUAUUAUUAUUAUUAUUGCUAUUACAAUGAUUAUUAUUAUGAUUAUUAUUAUUAUUAUUA